AUGUUCGAAAACACCUGUCAAUCCGAUAUUUGGGUGGACCAUGAAGCCGUAGAAUUUUUACAAGCAACCGAUGAGGAGAUCGACUCUUUAAAACAGUUGCGUAUGAUUCAAUUAAAACAACGAGAUGCACCAUCUAACAAGCAAGCAUUUCAUAUUCCAUCGAUGAUUAUUGAUAAUUUCCUAUAUCAUGGCGCUAUAGAACAUGCAAGAGAUAUAGAUUUACUUGAUAAACUUAACAUCCAAAGCAUUAUCGAUGUGUCUCACAUUCGAUUAAAUCGAAAUAUUACAAAUCGCUAUAACGUUCUUUGGAUUAAUAUACAGGAUGAUUUCGAUGUUGAUAUUCGUCAGUAUUUCAAUCAAACGAAUGAAUUUUUAGAAGUAUGUAAAACAAACAACACGAAAGUUCUUGUUCAUUGUCGAAAGGGUGUUUCUCGUUCGUCGGCAAUUGUUCUUGCAUAUCUAUUAAGAUCGUACUUUAAUACGCUUCGCGAAGCCUAUAGUCAUUUGGUCGAACAACGCUGGAUAGCUACGCCAAAUGACGCUUUUUUUCUACAACUGAUUCGCUAUGAGAAAGAUCUGCGUGCAAGCAGUCUUAUCGAGUGA